UCAUCAGCAUCAAGCAUCAGUAUCAGCAUCAGCAUCGAUAUCAAAGAAGCAAUAGAUCCUAGAUCUUAGAUCUCAUACAUUCUUCCUCACCACUACCACCCAAACAUCAUCCACUCAACUUACACUCCUCCUUGACCAAUCACCACAUCGGUAUCGCACCACGAACCACAACUCUCACACUCCAAACCUUUCGAGUAACAUCACACAAACACACCACAACAACAACAACAACACCAAGUCAUAAUCAAAAUGGUCUCCCCCAUCCUCGCCCGCUCCGCCUUCCGCGCUGCCACUCAGGCCACUUCUCGCAACGCCGCCGUCAAAGGCACCCGCCAGUUCUCCGUCAUCCAAUCCAUGCGCCAAUGGGCUCGCCGCAUGGAGUUGCACACCCCCUACGAGCGCAUCCCCACUGAGACGGGCGCUGCUGGUGCCGACUGGGGUGCUUCGUUCAAGAAACUCGCUGGUCAAGCUGCUGUCUACCCCCUCGUCGCUGGUACCCUCCUCGGUUGGCCUUUGAUUGCCAAGACGAUGCUUGAUGGUCGUAUCUAACAACAAAAGAUACGCUCCUAUAUAAGCUUCACUAGUUACACUGCACAUACUUUUUGCAUUUUCCUUUUUGCUUCACUUUUGUACCAUUUGGCGGUUGGAUUUCUCUCUCUUGUUUUCAGGAAGGAUGGCGUUCAGGAGGAGGAGGAAGGAGGCAGGCAGGCAGGCAUAAUUUGGCAUUUCAAAAUACCAACGGGCAGAGCAGCUUUACCUCAAUUUGUUGGUUGAAAGGACGGAUUGUGAGCCUACAUUACCUGUUCUACUAGAUAAAAGAGGUUUAUAUAAACCAGUGCGGUAAAGGACAUAAGAUUCAAGAUUUAAUACUGAGAAACCUUUUGCCUUCCACUAGCUAGGUAUAGUGUACUUAUGGUUUUCAACUGG